AUGUCCUCAAAUCCAUUCAUCGUCUCUUGGUGGCCAUUGGCUCUUGCAGAUCCAGCAUUAUUCCAUGUUUCUAUACAGACGGCGUCAUUAGAUGAAGAGAGGCGUGCCCAGAAGGGCUUCCCUAUAUCAGAACUUCUCAUGGUAGAUUCUGUAUCUCUAAUACGGAAGAAGAUAGGGAGUUCGUUGCUGGCGAUUCAAGAUGAGACAUUGAACUCUGUUGUCACCUUGGCUGCCAUUGAACAUGGAAAGGGGAAUAUUGAAGCCAGUAGAGCGCAUAUAGACGGGGCUAAACGUAUUGUUGGGAUCCGAGGUGGACUUGAUCAAGUGAAACAAGUAAGCCCGUUGACCGCGAGGAUGAUUGCUUGGGUAUCGUUGCUCGUCACAGGCUCUCCUCAAUAUGCAAUACAGGACGACCUCGGAAUUGGAGAUGGAGUUGGUCCAACACUGCAAUGGCUUCUCGCAUCAUCCUUCCUUGAAAUACAAGACCCUGUUGUUGACACUCUCCAUCUCGAUCGCGACAUAGCAGAUAUCUUGACUCGAUUGCGCGGCAUAUUUCACCAACCGAACGCUUUGAGUUUAUUGGGCACCGAACUUCACGAUCUUACAUGUUUCGUGGUUCAUAAGCUCCUGCUCAUCCCGCCACUCACGGACUCGCCCCAGUCGGAGUGUCUACGAUGCGCCAUGACACUUUACAUGCUUAUCAUACACGGCACAACUUAUUACACGCAUACAGAGUUGGCCAACAGUAUUAUUCAGCGCCUCAAGAGCCAGCUCCAACCUUUAGCAGGUAAAACGGGCAACGUCUUCCUCGGUUCCUUGCAGAUCUGGGUCCUUUCAGUCACAAUUGUCUCGGCUACGGACCCAACAGAUAUUCAAUGGCUGAUAUACGCAGCCAAGAUUGCGGCAAAUGCUAUGAGUCUGCAAUUUUGGGAUGAUGUUGUUGUCCAUUUACAGAAUAUUCUGUGGCUAGAGACGGAGCGAGCAGAUGUAUUCCGACAGCAGUGGGAAGCAAUUCUGACAUGA